UCUCUAGCCUACUGUAGUUCACAAGUGCGCGAUUUUGCUGGACUACAUUAGUUGGGACGCAGAGUGUCCUACUAAGAAGAUAUUUUGAACUUUUAAGAGGAUUGGAUAAAAUGAACUCAAUCUGCUUUUAAAACUAUAUUUAUCCACCUGGAAAAGUACAUAACUUGCCCACGGACAUGGCAAAGGCAUACAGUCUGUAUGUAGGAAUGGUAACAGCUUUGGCCCUGUGUAAAUACUCUCUGGCUGAAUGGAAUACAACUGAGCAGCUGGUGAACAACACUGUGUCCCUCCAUCACCAAGGCAACACAAACAACUUCAAAGACUCAAUAGAAACUGCAACUCAAGCCAAAAAGAGUGGCCAUUUCACCAAAUGUCCAAAGGAGUUAAGGCAAUACUGUAUCCAUGGGUCGUGCCGCUUUGUAAAGGAACAGAAUACUCCUUCAUGCAGAUGCGAGAGAGGGUACAUUGGGUCCAGGUGUGAGUAUGUUGAUCUGGCCUCGCGUCUAGGUGACAAGAGGCAGAUCAUCGUAGUCUGUGUGAUAGCAGUAUUGGUCUUCCUCAUACUGCUCAUCUCAUUCAUCUGCAUCUGUGUACAUCGACAUAAACUUUGCAGACGGAAGAGAAGGAAAGAGGAGACGAAGAAUGGAACAGAGAAGCUCAAUAUGAUUAUGAUGAUGAACACAAAUGGAAUGCAUGUUGCUUCAUCAGAUUCAGUAGAAACCUCAGACACCAAUGCAGUAUGACUAGCGACGGGGACUAUAAAUGGUAUUCUCCUGCCGGACGGGAUGCGGGCCUUGGUUGUAAGUGCCUGUUGGGAAGAGAGAGUGCGCUCUAACAACACUGUGGAUGUAUACUCUUCAGCUGCUUCUCACUGCCAACCACAGUCUACAGUAUGGACUGUUCUGUGCAGAAAUGUAGGAGAACACAAGAAAGACUGGACCAGCUCCUUUGGAACUCAUACAACCUUUAUGGUCACCAUGUAGAUGGAUCAAUAGAACAGCAACAACUCUGUGCAUUUGGAAAAUGUGAUAGUUUUUCUCAGACUCAUUUGUGUAAGCAAAAUAUACAAGGUCAUCAAAUCACAAUAACAGUAAAAACCAUAAUUUAGAAGAUAUUUUGAUGGACUCUGGGCUCUGAAGGAGUAGGCCUUUUUAUGAACUGUCGUGUAAUGUAACCUACUCUUAUUUGGGCAUGGAUUAAAUGAUUAACAUGUAUUCAAGCUAAAAGUCCAGGUAUGUUUACUCCUGGAUGUGAUACGUGUCAUAAUGAGGACUCAUGCCAUGUAGGCCGCUAUGUGGGACAGAUUAUACUAGGUCUAAUACUGGUAAAUGAUAUAACAUACUGUUCGUACACUUGAAAAGGUGUGAUUUAUCAAACAAUCCUACCAGCGUCAUACGCACACCGGUAGGAGUUAACCGUUGAUAAAUACCAAUUGUUCUAAUCCUCAGUGCUUGUGCAUAACCUUGGCUAUUUGCAUUUCGAAACACCCCUAAUUAACCAUAUGGUCAAAAUCAGCUCUUUAAAACCUGUGGGGAAUAUACAACGCAGUAAUGAUAUACAACAGUGCAACCAAAAACAUUUUUUUUCCCAAGACUGAAUUAGAGGUGCUAGUUUCAGAGAUUGAGUACAACCAAAGUUGUGGCUGUUACGCGGAGUGGAACAGGGAAACCCAAGAGCAGAAUCAGAAGAGGAGACUGGGAUGAAGAACCCAAUGUAUUUAUUGA